UUCGCGUUAUGGUUGAGAAAUGAAGAUUUCCAACACAUUUCUCUGUCAGUUUUGGAAGUGAUCAGUUUGAUACAAAGAUCUCACAUCAUGGGAGAUCAACCGCAUUGUUCAGGAGAUAUAUCUACUGCCUCAGCUAUAAUCCUGGGAAUUUUUAACGCAGUAUCCGGAUUAGCGGCCAUCAGUGGAAAUCUAAUGGUUCUUGUAACUUUCUUCAAGAACCGCUCCCUUCACCAACCGUGUUAUUACCUCAUUGCUUCAUUAUCAGCCAUCGAUCUGUUCGUGGGCUUGACAGUGAAUCCGUUGUACAUCUUGUUAACUAACGUUGUCCCUUGGCAGUACAGAGAGAAGCAUCUUCUGCAGCUGGAAAGCUUUUUUGCAAUGUCCAGUUCGAUGAUCAUCAUGCACACUUUGUGCACUAUGAGCCUAGAGCGCUAUACUGCUGUUAUCUUUCCUUUGCGCUAUUACAGCUUUGUAACCGUAAAGCGCACUGUAAUCGUUGCGAUAAUCACUUGGGUUUUCGGCUUCACACUCAAUGCCUUUUCCUUUGCACUGGAUUCCCAAGACUUGCCAAAACUGUGGAUUAUCUGUGGAGUAUUAACAGGACUUGUCCCCAUGGCGAUCAUCUUUUACUCCUAUGGGAAAAUUUUCAUAGCUGCGCGCGAUCAAUCGCGAAGAAUUGCCAUUGCAGAGAACAGUGUCUCCGUAAUUUCGCGAGACGCUGAAAGCACAGAGAAUGGCGCAGAAAUAACCCCUCGAAUUGAGCCCAAAAAAGCUAAGAAAAACGCCUGGACAGUAGGAAUAGUUGUUCUGGUGGCUGUCUCUCUCUCUAUGCCAGUGAGUGUGGUCAGUGUUCUGCAGAUUGUCACCAGCGACUUGUGUCGUCGCAGACAUUACAACCGAGCAUGGAUGUGGGCCGCUACGCUGUCUCUUACAAGUUCGGCAAUGGAUCCGUGGAUCUACGCAAUGAGAAUUAGGGAGUUCAGAGCCACCUUCAAACGCACACUGUGUAUAACAUAACUUCAGUGAAAAGAAAAGCAAACUCACCAAGUACUGCGGAACUAAAGCGUAUUAACCAAAUCCUUACUCAAAGGGCAUGUGCCAGAACCGAGCUGGUUGUGUGGGAACGAGCGAUCAAGAUUUCUGAGGUGUCAAAACAUUCUCGCAAAAACUUUCCUUAUCAUUUUUCUCAGUUGGGACGUUUCACUAGUAGUGCCUGUUUAUGGUUUAAACGAAGAACCGGAGCCCACUUUUUCAUACGGGUUGAAGGUUCCGCUGUCCCAACUAUAAUGCGGCCGUUCCUUAAAUUUCUGAAUCUGAAACACAAUAACACGAACCAUACGACCACAAUUUUAUUGAAGAGUUUUAUUCCUAACAUCGCAAGCUACUGACUCAUCUUUCAUUAUAAUCUGGCAGAUCAAAAUUUCAUCUUUUAAACAUCUAAACCUGAUUUUCAUCUGUUAAAAUUUUUAUCGUGCGAUUUCUCUGACUAAAAUACUUAAAAGAGAGCAAACACACAGUAUGUUUAUAUUUAAGGGUUGUCAAGUUCUGCUCUCGAAAAAUCUUACUAAACACCGCACGCCUUCUUAAUUACCACAACUACGUCUCUCCUGGAGAUCAAAUCUAAAUUGUCGGUUAAAUGCUUCCUCUGCGAGGCUGAAUUUUAGGGCAUUGAGAAUAAGUACCAAAUAUCCGGAUGAAAUUAACCAACUUUCUGUUUAAUUUUUAUCUUUUGAUUAAGCGCACUUUACCUUGAACGGAGACAUUUUAAGGCCGAGGUGAAGGUCAAUUCAUGUUAAUUGGAAUCGGCAGUUAACACGAAAGUUUACUUAGGAAACCAAUUUUGAUUGGUUGACCGUAGCGUAGAUGCAAUAAAUGAGAAGCUUACGAAAUGUGUAGUAGUUAAUGAACAAAAUAGUGAAGUGAACAUGUUAGAUCCGAUGGAAAAAAAAAAACUUGUACGCAUGAAUAAAACGUGAUUUCAAUUUCAGAUCGAAAACAAUAUCAAUUGCCUUUCUUGAGGUUAGUGACUAUUGGCGGAUUUAAGAUUAAUUCUUUGCAGUAAACGACAAAAGGCCAAAAUGUACUCUAAACAUUUCUAUGAUAUUGCUUAAUUUAUCGAUGACCCCUGCACCAAGACUGUAGAAAAUUAGUAAAUAAUCCUCUGAUUAUUUUAAAAAGCAAAUGUUUUCACUUGAGCUAAAACAUGAAAAUAGCCGAAAGCGGUCUUCGAGAAGGUUAUUUUUUUUUUACUGCCCUAAGUAAGUAUGAGGUAAAUUUAGAACGACAAAUAUAAUGUAUAUGGCUGAAUAGAUAGAACCGACAUCUGUACAGUGUACAUAAAUUGCAUCGACAUUUGAUCGUCAACGUUUACGAACCUUUAUCGGACAGAAAUGAUUUGUUUUACAGAUAACUAAAUUUUAAAUGGCAUGUUAAUGUAUACAUGAAUUUACGCUACUAAACUGAAAAUAAAAUUUCAUAUUAAAA